GGAAGAGUAAUAAACAUUAAAGUGACAACCAAAGAUAUGGCAAAUAUUUCCAUAAUCGCCCUUCUCUGCUUCACCAUUUGUGUUUCCUCCUCACUCAGCUACUCCCAUGGGGCUGCUGAAGAAAAAAUGCAGUAUAUGGUGGUAGGUCAUGUUUAUUGCGACACUUGCCGUGUUGAAUUUGAGACCAAACUCAGCGAACCCAUUAGUGGAGCAGUAGUGAAAUUGGAAUGUAGGAACCGUACCGACGAAGCGAUUACCUUCCAGAGCCAAGAAAUAGUGGCUGACAAUUUCGGAGACUACCACAUCAUAGUGGAAGGCGAUUAUGAGGAAUCAGACUGCGAUGUUGCUUUGGUGAGGAGUCCAAGGGCUGAUUGCAGUGAUCCCACCGAAGCGUGGAGAAAAUCCAGGGUGGUUCUCACCACAUUCGAUGGUCUUAGCGGUAAACUCCGUUUUGCCAACAAUCUUGGGUUUAAGAAGGACAAAGCUCUUCCUCAGUGCACUCGAAUUCUUCAAGAGAUGGGCUAUUAUGAGCUUAGUCAAGAAUCUGGAGAACUUUCCCAUUCGUCAGAACUAUAAUAUGUAUUUCCACUUCAACUUUUUUUAAAAGCUCAAUUUAUAAAGAUGAAGUAUUAGCUCGAGUCCAUCUUCUUGAAAAACAUUUUGGACCUUCGAAAAACUUGUAAAAGGUUUUUUAUUACCAAUGUUUGAUUAUAAUGAUGCAAAAGUUUGGUCAUUUGAAGAGCUUAUUGAUAUUUCACCGCAAAAAAGAAAAAAGAAAAAGAAGC